GGGGGCCGGGGAAUUCGGGAAGACCCGCACUUUGAGCAUCCUCAGAGCCGCGGCCCACCAGCCAGGCGUGUGUGUGUGUGUGUGUGUGUGUGUGGUGUGUGGUGUGUGUGUGUGUAUGUGUGUGUGUGUGGCGGGAGGCUGCCUGGUUUAGGGGCUGGGGGAGGCAGGGGACGCUGCCUGGUGGUGCUGGAGCAGAGGGUUGGUACCUCCUCCCAGGACCGUCAUCUGGUCCAGCUCCCUUACACGCCCCAGCAUCUUCUCUGCCUCUAAGAACCUGGCCCUCAGCCCGCCCGCGCCCCUCCCUGGGAUGCCGAGCCUUUCCCCAGGACCGUGCAUUCCUGCAGUGUCAGAACCACUGGCAGCUGCCGCAGACGCCGGCGGAGCGAUUGUUUUACCACGAACAGGUGCGGCUUGGCACUGGGUUUUGCUGAGGAGCAGUGGGAAACCGAAGAUAUACGAAUCCUGAACACUGCAGUUUUCUGAUUGCUGUACAAGGAUGGAGGCCCCACUGGUGAGUUUGGAUGAAGAAUUUGAGGACCUUCGGCCCUGCUGCUCGGAAGACCCCGAGGAGAAGCCCCGGUGUUUCUACGGCUCGUCUCCCCACCAUCUCGAGGACCCCUCCCUGUCUGAGCUGGAGAAUUUUUCUUCUGAAAUCAUCAGCUUCAAGUCCAUGGAGGACCUGGUGAAUGAAUUUGAUGAGAAGCUCAAUGUCUGCUUUCGGAACUACAACGCCAAGACCGAGAACCUAGCUCCGGUGAAGAACCAGUUCCAGAUUCAAGAGGAGGAGGAGACCCUGCAGGAUGAGGAGGUUUGGGAUGCUCUGACAGACAAUUACAUCCCUUCACUCUCAGAAGACUGGAGGGACCCAAACAUGGAGGCUGUAAAUGGCAACAACUCUGACACUGAGAUCCAUGAGAAAGAAGAGGAAGAGUUCAAUGAGAAGAGUGAACACGAUUCUGGAAUCAAUGAGGAGCCUUUACUCACAGCAGAUCAGGUGAUUGAAGAGAUUGAGGAAAUGAUGCAGAAUUCCCCCGACCCUGAAGAGGAAGAGGAGGUCCUGGAAGAGGAGGAUGGGGGAGAAACCUCCUCCCAGGCAGACUCGGUCCUCCUGCAGGAGAUGCAGGCCUUGACCCAGACCUUCAACAACAACUGGUCCUACGAAGGUCCUUCUGGGCCCCGGGAGCCUCUCCCAUGGGCUGGAGGCAGUGACCCUGCAGGACGGUCUUCCCCUGCAGGCCUGAGGCACAUGUCUGGGUCUGAGCUGAUGGAGCUCCUGGACCAAGUAGAGGGUGCCAUCCGAGACUUCUCGGAGGAGCUAGUGCAGCAGCUGGCCCGCCGGGAUGAGCUGGAGUUCGAGAAGGAAGUGAAGAACUCCUUCAUCACGGUGCUCAUUGAGGUGCAGAACAAGCAGAAGGAGCAGCGGGAACUGAUGAAGAAGAGGCGGAAAGAGAAAGGGUUGAGCCUGCAGAGCAGCCGGAUCGACAAGGGAAGCCAGAUGCCUCUCAAGCGCUUCAGCAUGGAAGGCAUCUCCAACAUCCUGCAGAGUGGUAUCCGCCAGACUUUCGGCCCCUCGGGAAGUGACAAGCAGUACCUGAACACAGUCAUCCCGUAUGAGAAGAAGGCCUCGCCCCCAUCAGUGGAAGACCUCCAGAUGCUGACUAACAUUCUCUUUGCCAUGAAGGAGGAUAAUGAGAAGGUUCCCACUUUGCUGACGGACUACAUUUUAAAAGUGCUCUGUCCCACCUAACCUUGCCCUCGGGGGCAGCCUUGCUGCGGAGGUCACUGAGCAAGCGUCAUCCCACCGCAGGGACUGCAUGACACCACGUAGCCUCCGCCGUGUAUUUAAACAUGUAUAGCUUAACCCGGAUUAAACAUGAGCAAACGCGCGGGGUCCUUUGCUGUUGGCUUCUAGUCCUAGUAACCAUUGGAUGCAUGACCGUCGGGCAGGGCUGGUGAUGUCGCCUCUUCUCCGCCCGUGUCGGAGGGAGGCAGAUGCUGUCACCGCUCAUGAUGUAGUCUGGCUCCAGCCCUCAAAAACAGCUUCCACCCUAAGACUAAUUUUGAAAUAAACCUUCAUUUAAUUAGUA